AUCGCCACAAAUGCAGUGGCAUUCAAAUUGUGCGCAGCUAUUGUAAGAAUAUGGGAGCAGGUGCUGAUCCAGUGAAUAUAAUCCUAUUCAAGCUUGUCAAAGAGGGGUGGUAAUUCCAUAUGGCCAUUGGCAAUAAGAAGUGGCACACGCCAGGCACACGCCGGCCUGAUCCUGAUUGGUCAGUCUACCCCAGCUGGGUCAACAAGCCUCAGUGCAAUCUUUCUUUGCAUUUCAAAUGGUAGCAUUACCUUGGCAUUGGGGAUGCGGGCUGUUGGGUAUUUAAAUACCUAGUUCAUUACAAAACUUGACGCGACCCAAGGUAUAGCUGAAAGAUCGAAGACCAAUGGACAAAAGUGAUUAGACGUGGCAUUACGUCAGAGGAUUUUAAGUCUCAAUUAAAUCGACCAGUUGCCCUCACGUAACUGUUUGAAUUAGGGUUUACGAGUAUUCCUUCAACGCAUGUAACCCGUGAAAGAGUCGCGUGCCAGGAGCGUGUCCUUUGUUGUCAUCUAUUGUGGGUGACGUACGUGACUUGCAACUGCACUGGGUUUCAGUUAAUGGAUGAAAACCGAACUGAUAGCAUGGUGCAAAACGAACUGGAGGAAGAUCCCAUACAUGAACCAGACACAGUCCAGCGGACGAAUCCAAGCCCAUGGAAUAACGGUAGACCAUCAUCGCGACAGUGCAGCCUAUGCCGCAAAAGAAUAUACUUUCGAAGCUAUAGCUGUCGUUAUUGCAAGCACCGCUACCACGAAAAAUGUGCCGUUGUUGGUCAUUUAAUGUGCAGACGAAGAAGUGAUACAGGCGAUGAUCACUGGACUAAAUUAUUACAGGCCAAUGAAAUCAAUUCAAACAUGGACCUUUCCGUCCUUCAGAGUCUCAAUAAUUUGUGUAAGAAACACCGUAAUUCUCCCAAAGACAAGACCAGUGCAUUGUAUAGGCUGUACAGAAGACUUCGAAAAUUUGUGCUUCCUAAACGACAAGAGGAGGAGGAGAUUAAAGAUGAAGACAGCAGCAGUGAGUUGGAGGAGACCAGCUCCCGUUCCUACUCCUCACGAGCGUCUUCAAGCUCAUGUUUUUCCAUCACGACAUUGUCAGACGGCUACGCCAGCCGAUCUAGCGUAUCGACCUGUUCCUCGAUGCACUUCAAGCCGCCGACGCUGCUGCCGCCGCAACCACAGCAAACUGAGUCAUUAUCGCCGCCGUGUCACUUCACCUCGGACUCAACCGCUGCACCUGCUGACUUGAGCCCCAGAGAACUUACCGUGCACCCUGGAGCAGCUGGCGCGUGCCAGGACAAAGGACAAUCCAAAUCCAGCCAGACGUAUUGUCACGCAAGCCUGGCCGGUACGAUCAGCUGUCCACAGAAAACGAGCCUUGGUCCUCAGCUGAAGGUGGACGAGAGCAACCUGGUGGCUUCCUGGCCCCCGGUGGGAUACAGACUCUGCAGUUACGAGGAAAAUGAAGAAGGAGACAACGACUCAGUAUUUCUUGAAGAGGGGGAAGAUAUCGAUUGCGUAUCCAACAGCAAGGCUGAACCACCAGAUCGCAAUUCUUUGAGCGACUGCAUGAUAGCGUUUUCCGACCUCCAGUUCAGUGAACGGAUUAAAACAGGAGGUUGUUUGGAAAUGCAUAGAGGUCAGUGGCAUGGUGAUGUUAUUAUCCACAAAUAUGACCCAUCAGUAGAAGACGUCUUUUGGACCAAAAUUUCCAUGCUCAGAAUGAUUCGCCACGAAAACAUCGCCCUUUUCAUGGGUGCGUGUGCGGAGCCGCCGAAUUUCGCAAUUGUUACCAGUGUAAGAAAAGGCCAAUCUCUGUACGAGAAGAUCCACAACAGUAAGGAUGCGCCUCUUCCUCUACAUUCCAAGUUUUCUAUUGCCAAACAAAUAGCGCAAGGUAUGGGAUAUCUCCACGCCAGAGGCAUUGUGCUAGAGAGGCUCAACUCGGAGAACAUCUUCUUAGAGAGCAAGGUCAAGAUCUUCGUCUUAGAUCACAGCUUUUCUGAAAAUCGAUUAGAGAGAUCAGACUGCGCUUGUUUGCCGAGAGGGCGCGCCACUUAUUUUGCACCAGAAAUUUUGCGUACCAUGAGGAUCGAAAACCAACAAGUCAAACUAGAACAGAAUACCAAGGAGUCUGACACGUUUGCCUUUGGAACCGUGUUGUACGAACUCUUCAAUGGGCGUUUCCCCCAUGACAAGCAACCGAUUCAUACAAUUAUCUGGAACGUAGGCUCGGGAAAUACUCUCAAACUGAAUCACCUCAAGUGUCCAGAGGUCAUCAAAACGCUGAUUAGGGACUCGUGGGCGUUCCUUCCGUCAAGCAGACCGGGAUUUGUUGAUAUCAACAAGAUUUUACAAACGGUGGUACAUCUAAAGAAACGCCACAGUUCAUCCGAGCCGGAUUCAAUACACAAGAUUGGGGUCAUGCUUGGGAGUUAAUCGGUCAGAAAUGGGAAUGGAGCCUAUCAAAAGCAUCACAGUAUCCUUAAGAGUAUAACUAGGUUUUAACAUGUGACGGAUCUCACGUUGGAUCAUGGCUAAGGCAUUGCGUCCCAUGGCAGUGGUGGUUGAACUACAGGAGGCAAAAUCAUUCCAAGUCAGUGUGAAUAAACGGAGUCCGCGGAGGAGACAUUCCUCCCUCCAUUAAAUACGUGCAGGUUGGGGUUAACGUGACGUAGUUGGUCAAAAUCAAUGACUGGGUUUGCCUGUACGCAACAAUGGGUGCCGCACUCUGUAUCAAAGGUCUCCUUCGCACACGACACAGGCUUCAAGUCGAGAUUACACGCGUGCUUCUCUCUUAUUUUUUUAGAUCUUAUUCUAGAUGCGCUUCUUGAUUUCUGAUAAACUUUCAUUUGAUUUCUUUUUUACUUUUAAGUUUUGAGCUAUUUUAGUGCAUUUAUAUCACUGCGAUAUCAGUGGCACACCAAUGUGCAAUUUCGUUGCCCCACAAUUGGCCAACUGGUGAUUUUUAAGUCUCCAGUGGUUCUAGUCCGAAAUAGAUUUGUAAAAUUUUGCUCAAAAAUUUAAACUUUUUACACUGUUAAGUUUGUUUUAAACCCAAUAUCUUGAAAGUUAUACAGAAAAAAUAUUUUACAGGUGUGUAUAGUAGCAGUUAAUUUAAAUUUGUUUUUUGUGUAAUAUCAUAUACAAUCUCUUCAUUUCUACUUGUAAUUUUAACCUUUUAUUGGAGUUAUUUUGAGGUUUUAGAAUAACAGUUGCCGUCUUUACAUUUCAUUUCUCCAUGUAAUGAGAAUACUAGAAUUAGCCUUGAAACAAAAUGGUGUUCAGUUGUGGUGAACUACAUAAGAUACUGCUGACAUGCCUGACGAAUGAUUUGUGGAUGGAGAAUAUCUUCAAUUUUUAUAUCAGUAUUUUCAGAGAAAGUGAAAGAGUUAUGCAGUACCUGGAGCUGACAAAUACAGUCCAAACUCGGCUUCUCACUGUAAGAGUUUUAUACUUUGAAUAAUCCUUACACAAAGUAUAUGCCGUAUAUACAUGUUUAUAAUCAUGAUUUCUUGAAAGCCACUGCUGUAAUUGCUAGCUUCAGUUUAACAGUAUUUAAGGCAUGUUGUAUGUAUACAUUUGUAUAGCCUUGUGGGUUUGGGUACACUCUAUCAGAAAAUUACCCUCCAUCUUCAAGUAAGAGUCCCAUUAAAAGGUGCUGGACACCAAAAACUACAAUAUCAUACACUUAGAUUAUGAAUAUGUAUUUUUCAAAGGAAUUGUCUUCUGAGUCUUCCUUAAUAUUGUGCAAAAAAAGAAAGUAAAGUAUAUUU